AUGGAGAAAAAUAAACGAUUAAUAAGUUCAAUGGAAAAGAUGAAGCUAAUGAGUAAGUGGAAAACAAAUGGAAUAUUGUCUAAUUUACGGAACGAAGAAUCAUCAAGUCAUGAAGAGAUUAAUUUAGAUUUACCAAAAAAGAAAGUUAAGAAUGGUUCGCGUAAAAAAACAAUCGGAAAAUCGGGUGAAAAAAUUGGGAAACAAAUAGAUCAAAAAAUAGCUGAGAUUUCUGAGAAGCACCUCGAUUCCAAAGAAUCCAGUUCUUUUUCCGAAGAGCAUAUGACAGGAAAUCUUGGCUUCAGAGAAGCAAUUCGAAAGAUUUCUGGCUCAAGAGAUUUUUCAAAAGAGAUUUCAAACUUUAAGGAAUACACAAAGGAAAGUCAAAAUGGACACACGAAAAGCGAACCAAAGGAAUCUAAGUAUAUUAUUAGCUCAAGAAGCUUAGGAAGUACAGAAGGAAUAGAAGAUGAAUCAAUUAAAUUCGACAAAAAGAAAGAGCACACUGUGAGCGAAGUAAUUCAGACAAAGAAAAAAGCAUCAAAACGAAAACCGAGACCUUACUAUUACAAUGAUUUGUUGGAUGGAAUUCCAGAAAGUCUUCGAAGUACGAACGACGAUUCAUCACAGAGAUCAUAUCCCUAUAGUAGGACAAUUCCGCCAAAUCUAAGAGAGAUGAAACUGACAACGCCAAUUAGACAAAAAACACCGCGUCCUUUUUACUACAAUGAACUAUUGGAUGGUGUAACGGAAAGUCUCAUAAACUUAGAGGAACCAAAAACUUUUGGAGUAAAAGAUUUUAAUCUUCCAUUGAUACAAUCACAAUCUCAAACAGAAGAGCUAUCCAGAGAUAGUCGAACUGUUGAUGAUGAAUCGAAGGAAAGCGAAAUAGAUUCAGCUCAGGGAAUGCCAACAGAAAUGGCUGAUAGAAAUAUUGCAAAGGAUGCAUUAAGUGCUCAAAAAUUAGUAAAAGGUGAAAAUGUGAUGGAUUUCACAUGCAAUUAUAUUUUCUCAAAGAAAGAUCUAGAAAGAGCAAUGAAAUUUGAACAUAAAUUUUUAUGGAAACAACAACAACAUAUUUCUAAUUUUUGCCAAAGUGAAGAAAUGAAUGACGGAAAGAAUCGAUCACCGACUGUAGUUAACUUUAAUGAAGGUGCUGUACAUUUGCUACCAACAUUAACAAAUGAUUCACGAUAUAUUCAUGCAUCACAAAUUAAUAUUCCGUAUGGCAAUUUUAUCAUCGCACAAGGUCCAACAAAACAAUCACUGAUUGAUUUCUUUCGGAUGCUAUGGCAAUGUCAUGUGCGACUAGUGAUUUGUUUGGAUCCACUUACUGAUCCAAUGACUUGUUAUCCAUAUUUCAGUUUUAAAAAACAACAAUUAGUUAAGGUAAGGGAAAGAUUUUCUCUUGAGACUCGAGAAAUUAUCGAUACACCUGUGGCAAAUUUAUUUGUUUAUGAAGCCGUGCUUACAAAUAUGGAAAGUAGAAAUGGUACAAAUAAACGAUGCAUUCAUAUUAUGCGAUAUGAUGAAUGGACAGAUGAAAAAGCAAUAUCAUCAGUGCUAUUAAUUAAAAUGAUUACUGUUAUGGAAGUAAUAAAUGAAAAAAGAAGAAAACCAAUUGUUGUUCAUGGUAGUUAUGGUAUUCGAAGGAGUGGUAUUUUUGUAAUUACCUCAUUGCUAAUGAGACAGAUCACGGAGACACAUCGUAUGUCAGUAUUGAAUGCAGCUAUAGCGGUGCGCAAAUGUCGUUACGGUGUUCUGCGAUUUUUGACAGAUUAUCGUUUAGUACUACAAACUGUUUUAUGUUAUGCAAAGCAAUGUAAUUUGAUUAAAAAUGAAAGAAAAUUUAUGUAUGCUAUAAAUAUUUUGAAAGGAAACGAUGAUUAUAUGUGA